AUGGCAGGUAGCAAGUUGGUGCUAGAGGGAAGGAUAAGUAUCAUAAGCUUUCUCUCAGGACUCGGCGUCAUUAUUAUACCUUUGCUUGUAGCAUUUGGCUCUCACAUUGAUUGGAUAUUUGAUUACCUCACUGGAGUGAACGGUAGAAUAGCUAUUGGGGUUUAUAUAACAGUUAUCAACGGCUUCCUGCUAAUCAUAUACAAGGGACCUCUCUACAAGGUCGCUGUGCGAGCUUGCUUUCUUGGAUUUGCCUUUGGAUGUGGUUUAAUGAUAAGUUUUGCUGAGACAACAUGGACACACUUUGGCUGGUACAUGUGUUCACUGUCUUUCUUCCACUACUCAGAAUACCUAGUCACUGCUAUCAUAAACCCUCGGAGUCUUUCCUUAGACUCCUUCCUUCUCAACCACAGUGUGGAGUACACAGUGGCAGCUGUAUCCUCAUGGGUUGAAUUUGCUGUGGAGAAGCUGAUUGUUCCAGAGCUGAAACAGCUUAGCUGGAUCAGUCUGGCGGGGCUGGUGAUGGUGCUGUGUGGAGAGGGCUUGCGGAAGUCUGCCAUGCUGACCGCUGGCUCCAACUUCAACCACAUUGUCCAGAAUGAGAAAGCGCAGAGUCAUGUCCUGGUCACCAGUGGGGUCUACUCUUUUUUCAGGCACCCAUCCUACGUGGGCUGGUUCUACUGGAGCAUUGGCACUCAGAUAAUGCUUUGCAACCCUGUGUGUAUUGUGGGCUACACGUUAGCCAGUUGGCGGUUCUUCCGGGAGCGAAUUGAAGAGGAGGAGAUCUCUCUAAUCCACUUCUUUGGAGAGGACUACAUAGAGUACAAGAAAAAGGUGUCCACUGGCUUGCCGUUCAUCUCUGGCAUAAGGAUUGGAUCAUAAACCAUAGACUCAAGAAAAAAGGGGAAAAAACCUGGAAGUGCACACCUGGACACCACUGACUGGCACUGUGAGCAAGCUGGCCGCUUGGUGACAUUGUGGCUCCACCCCAGGGGAGGGGCCACACAGUGGACUGAGGUCAUAGCACAUAGAGGCUGAGCCUUUGAUCUGCUCUGAGACAGCUGCCUGCUCUAAGGAGGGUGGAGCUUCCACCCUUGUGCUCAUUAGACAGAAUCAUAGUCACCCAAUACUCCCUCAUAUCUGUAUCUUUCAUAAUAACCACUUAGCUACUCAUUAAAUGUUUGUUUUUGUCUCCUGUCUCCUCAUAUCUAACAUGUUCACACACCUCACAUAGUCAUGCAGUCAGCAGGAGACUUUUUUUUUCUCUAUUGUUCUUCUUCCAUAUGUUCCCCUUCAUGUUAAGUUUUACCUUUUGAAAGUAUCUGAAUGGGUUUUGAGCUUUAAUACAGUCGCUUAGACAGAUGUGCAAUUACCUGACACUGUAGCAUUUGGGGCAGGUGUAUGUUUCUUGUCACCCAUUUGUGUUUGAGCACAGUUUUUGUCUUACUGGCCUCUUGGUUUGAAGGCUGAUUGAAGGCUUGAUUUCCAUCGCUGAUUGACCUACCGUUGUUACUGGAUGUGAAGAAUGACACUGUCAUAAAAUAACAAUGAUGCUGUUAUUACUCAGAUGUUACAAAAAAUUGCCCAUGUAUAACAGCAUUUACAGUGUGUAUUCAGGUUUCAUUCUAUGAAUCUUGAGUUUUAAUUUCCUAUAUUUCCGAUGUUUUUCUGUAUUUUUUUUUCUUUUUUUAGCGAGGAAUAGGUGACAAGGUGAAUUUUAUUCUUUUUGAGUUUACCUGAAAAUACCUGUGCAAGGAUCGUGUUUACCUUUAAAUGAACAUUACAAUCAGAUUAUUAUUGACCCUUCCCCAUAUUGUCUUCUGACCCGCUUAGACUAAUCUGUGUCCAAUCAGUGAUGUAUACUUUUAUAGUAACUCAGAAUGCUGACAAUCUGAUCAUUUCUGUGAUUUCAAGAGGCUGUAAGGCAAAACAUUUUGAUUACUUAAUUUGUGAG